UUAUUAUUGUUUUCUCAGAUCUGGCUUCAUAGUGAAAAAAUCGUUUCUUUGAGUUCAUUACUAAAUCUCCAAGUUGGUUUGGUUCUCUUUGUUUGUCUCACGAUUCGAAACUCUUCUUAGCUUUGAUUGUGAUAAUGACUUCAGUUAACAGUGUCUAAUUUAGGAAAUAAUGAAGAUGAUUGGGAGAAUUUUGGAGUAAAACAACAUUGUUUUGUGUUAGUUCUUUAGAAGUCACAUUUUCCUCUUUGUUGAAAAGUCUCUGUUGUUUAAUUUUCCCGUCAAUGUCCCAGAGAGGUCUCCCACGAGUUACGCAACUAAACUCUGUGUAUAUUAAUUGAUUUUUUGGAGUGUUAUUUAAGAAGUCUUUUUUUGCUUGUUUUGUUUUGAAGAAAAGGGUUAUUUGAUUUUGAUUUGUUAUGGAUAAGAUUUUUUUGAUUUCUUGAUAACAUUUUCAGGUUUUGAAAGAUGGUGUCACAUGAAGAGAACACAAGUAUUGUGGAAUGGUUUCUUGGUCCACAUCCGUACACGUAUCCUCCUUAUGGUAUUGAGAUGAUUCAUGAUGACGAUGAAGUAGCUCAUCAUCAACACCACCAGAGCGGUGAGUAUUACAGAGAUUAUGAAGAUCGUCGUAGAAGUGAUGUAGAUAAUGAUGAGAUCAUUGCAAGAACUCUCCAAGACGAACUUUUGCAGCUUGAAAUCGCUGAAAGUAACGAUUAUUCGCAUCAGCAACAACAUCAGCAUCAGCAAGAAGUUUAUACUAACAACUAUAGUAAUAACAACAACGAAUAUGCUUGGAAUGAUCAGUCUACUGUGGAUUAUUCUUCAGAAUGGAUAGGAAAUGAUAAUGAUCAAGAUGAGAGGAGUGAUGAUUCGGUAAAUGUCUUUUCGUGUUCAAGCCCGAGUGACACGGAUGAGUAUGUGUACUCGUGGGAAUCAGAUCAAUGUGAUGCUGAUGGUGAAUUUGGCAGGAGACUGAAUCAAAUGGUUCCCAUUCCGUAUAUACCCAAAAUAAAUGGAGAAAUACCUCCAGAAGAAGAAGCAGUUUCAGAUCAUGAAAGACUUCGGAAUAGGUUAGAGCUGUUUGACUUCACUGAGGUUAAGGUUCCAGGAGAUGGUAAUUGCCAGUUCCGUGCUUUAGCUGAUCAACUGUACAAAACCGCAGAUCGCCAUAAACAUGUUAGACGACAAAUAGUAAAACAGCUCAAAUCUCGUCCAGAUUCUUAUCAAGGAUAUGUUCCUAUGGACUUCUCUGAGUACCUAAAAAAGAUGUCUCGGAGCGGCGAGUGGGGUGAUCAUGUGACAUUACAGGCAGCUGCAGAUGCGUAUCGGGUGAAAAUAGUAGUCCUAACAUCAUUCAAAGAUACAUGUUACAUCGAAAUUCUUCCUACCUCCCAAGAAUCCAAAGGAGUAAUCUUCUUGAGCUUCUGGGCAGAGGUUCACUACAACGCCAUCUACUUAAACAGAGAUACAUCUGAAACAGAGCUACAGAGGAAGAGAAAAUGGUGGCGUUUCGGAAACUAGACAAGGGCGUUGGAUCAUCAUCAGCAACUGGGUUAUAUUAAUAUUUAUUGACUUGAGACAGGGAUGUUCUUUGAAAUUAGUCCCUUCGUAGAGAGAGAGGAUGAACAGAGCUCAUAGCUUCAAAGUCUUACAAUAAUAUUAUUUUCUUCUUUGAAAGAAAGAAAAUUUAUCUGCCCAAAACAGAAUUAACAAACUAAAUAAAAAAUACACAACACUUUGAUCA